UUUCGUUCUCCUAUGGAUCAGGCACCUUAUAUCUUGUUUCAGGUAUUCGUCGAUCAAUUUGAAAAUUUGAUUUCAUGGUCGGUUGGACCAAGUACAAGCGCACUCCACUUCCGCUAUGAUUGCUCCCCUGCUCCACUCAUCGUCGGAACCCUACCGCUAGAGGGACUGAGCGGCGAGAAGAAGCAGUGGGUCGUCGGUGGUCUGAUUGCGAUGUCAGGUUAAAAGGUUUGAAUAGUGAAAUUGUAAUAAUUAUUAGAAAAUACGCCAAAAAAGAUGGGCGAUUCUCUGGACGGUUCGGGAGAUCCAUCUCCGGAGUCCCAGAACGUCGCUAUAGUUGAUUAUGCGUCUUUUGCGAACUAUUUGCGCAAAGCGGUCACUAUUUUGCUACCCGACGAAGAUAUCGCUCCGCCCGCUCUCACCAUCGCUUUAGAAGAUAAAAAUCAUCAAGAAUGCGUGAGGAAGUUCCUCAGCGAUUCCCAGGUUUGGUCUCUUUACAUCCAGAGGAGUUCAAGCAAAGAGGAAGAUGGAGGUGAAGGUGAUGAGGAAAGGGAAAAUGUGGUCUAUUAUAUUUCCAAUGAGAUUUAUUUUGUCAAUCCAAAAAUGGCUUCCCUUGUCUUGACAAAACGAGGAUCCAUCGUUGAGGCGGAUAAAUCAAUUCAUUCCCAGCUGCGAUUGGUUACAUUUUCCGACGGACCACCCUACGAGACUCUACAUGCAAUGAGUAAAACUAUGGCUCCUUAUUUUAAGAGCUACGUACAAGGAACCGGUAGAGCAGAUAGAGAUGGCGACAAAAUGGCACCAUCUGUAGAAAAAAAAAUAGCUGAACUUGAAAUGGGGUUGUUACAUUUACAACAAAACAUAGAUAUUCCAGAAAUUUCUUUACCUGUACACCCUAUAGUCUCAUUGAUAAUAAAACAAUGCGCCGAAGAAAAUCGCAAGCCCAAAGUUGCCGACUUUGGUGAAAAGGUUGAAGAUUCUACUUUCCUAAAUCAAUUACAAAACGGCGUUAACCGAUGGAUCAAGGAAAUCCAAAAGGUAACAAAGCUCAACAGAGAUCCGGAGUCUGGUACUGCACUCCAGGAAAUUUCAUUCUGGCUAAAUUUAGAAAGAGCAUUGCAUCGAAUUCAAGAAAAACGAGAAAGUAUUGAAAUAUCGCUUACUUUGGAUAUUCUUAAACAUGGAAAACGAUUCCAUGCUACGGUCAGCUUUGAUACGGACACUGGUUUGAAGCAGGCCUUAGCUACGGUGAAUGACUACAAUCCUUUAAUGAAAGAUUUUCCCAUAAAUGAUUUACUGUCUGCCACGGAACUGGAGAGGAUAAAAGUGGCAGUUCAGCAAAUUUUUAUGCAUCUCAGGAAAAUCAGGAGCACCAAAUACCCUACGCAACGAGUUCUACGACUGGUUGAAGCAAUCUCCAGAGAUUUAGGCCAGCAGCUUCUCAAGGUACUCGGAACUCGAAGACUGAUGCAUAUUCCGUUCGACGAGUUUGAAAAAGUCAUGGGCCAGUGCUUCGAAGUAUUUACAUCGUGGGAUGACGAAUAUGACAAACUAACUGGAUUGCUCCGGGAUAUUGUGAAAAAGAAACGUGAAGAACAUUUCAAAAUGGUAUGGCGGGUUUCACCGGCGCAUAAGAAGCUUCAGUCCCGUAUGGAGCACAUGAGAAGAUUCAGGCGACAGCACGAGCAACUCAGGACUGUUAUAGUUCGUGUACUCAGACCAACGGUUCGCCAAAGCAACGCCAAUGCUAGUAUAGAAAACACCGACAAUGACAAUGCCAAAGUAGAGUUCGCGUUGGAUGCUGCCGACGCAAACGCGAUUGGAGAAGUUAACCUGGCUUAUGAGAACGUGAAGGAAGUCGACUGUCUCGACAUAAGUAAAGAAGGUCUGGAAUCCUGGGAGGCUGCUGUUCACAGAUAUGAAGAGAGAAUCGAAAGAGUUGAAGCUCGGAUCACCGCACAUCUCAGAGAUCAAUUGGGAACGGCCAAAAAUGCGAACGAGAUGUUCAGAAUAUUCUCUCGUUUCAAUGCCUUAUUCGUCAGGCCUCACAUACGCGGAGCUAUUAGAGAAUAUCAAACACAGCUGAUUCAGAGGGUCAAAGAUGACAUCGAAGCUCUUCAUGAAAAAUUCAAAGUUCAGUAUUCCCAGAGUAAGUGCUGUCGAAUGAGUAUGGUGAGAGAUCUGCCACCCGUUGCAGGUUCGAUUAUUUGGGUGAAACAAAUCGAUUACCAAUUAACAAUGUAUUUGAAACGUGUCGAAGACGUGUUGGGAAAGGGUUGGGAAAACCAUAUCGAAGGACAGAAGCUCAAGGCUGAUGGCGACAGUUUUCGUAUGAAACUAUCAACGCAAGAUAUCUUCGACGAUUGGGCCCGUAAAGUACAGCAACGAAACAUCGGAGUUACCGGACGUAUAUUCACAAUUGAUAGCGUUCGUUCUCGUUCUGGACGUGGGAACGUUCUUAAGCUGAAAGUCAAUUUCCUGCCUGAAAUAAUAACGCUUGCAAAAGAAGUUAGGAAUUUGAAAAAUCUUGGAUUCCGAGUACCUCUAGCGAUUGUAAACAAAGCGCAUCAAGCCAACCAGCUUUAUCCGUUCGCGAUAAAUCUGAUCGAAAGCAUCAGAACCUACGAGAGAACCCUGGAAAAGCUUACCAAUCGGAGUCCUCACUGUCCCACACUGAAGAUAGAAGACAAGGCCAGCAUUAUACCGUUGGUUGCAGGCAUGCGAAAAGAUGUCUUAUCCCUAAUCUCUGAGGGCAUUGCCUUAGUUUGGGAAAGCUACAAGUUGGAUCCCUACAUCCAACGUCUUUCCGAAGUUGUAGUUUCGUUCCAAGAAAAAGUGGAGGAUCUAUUAGUCGUAGAAGAACAAUUAGAUGUAGAUGUACGAUCUUUGGAAACUUGUCCAUACUCGGCGAACACCUUUGCAGACAUUCUGUCCAAGAUCCAAAAAUCAGUCGAUGAAUUGUCACUGAAGAACUUCUCAAACUUGCAUAUUUGGGUAGCUAGACUCGAUGAGGAGGUUGAGAAAAAUUUGGCUGCAAGGUUGGAAGCUGGUAUCAAAGCAUGGACCGAUACUUUAAUGGGGCAAAAGAAAGAAGUAGAUUUGAGCAUGGACACAGAUGCGCCCGUACAACCGACGCACAAGCCGGGUGGGGAUCCUAAAAUACAAAACCAAAUUCACGAAGUCAGGAUCACCAAUCAAACAAUGUAUUUAUAUCCGAGCAUCGAGGAUGCGAGAUUCCAAAUAAUGCAGCAACUUUUUGCAUGGCAAGCUAUCGUUACGUCACAAGUAAGACUUCAGAGUUCCAGAUAUCAAGUUGGUCUCGAUAAACCUGAGUCGGGAACUUACAGAAAUUUGCUUACCAAACUACCAGGAGGUAAAGUACCCUUAGAGGCUGCCUACGAGGCUGUCGAGGUUAAAAUGAAGGACAUUGUAAACUACGUCGAUCAAUGGUUAAGAUAUCAAUCGCUCUGGGAUUUGCAGCCCGACAAUUUGUACGGAAAACUUGGAGACGAUAUUAAUUUAUGGAUGAAAUGUUUGAACGACAUCAAGAAAACGAGAACAACCUUCGAUACCUCGGAUACCCGCCGAGAAUUUGGCCCCGUAAUCAUCGAUUUUGCCAAAGUACAGAGCAAGGUAUCGCUGAAAUAUGAUUCCUGGCAUAAAGAGACUUUGGGUAAAUUCGGAUCACUUCUUGGAAGUGAAAUGUCCAGUUUCCACGCUCAGAUAUCUAAGUCUAGGGGUGAUUUGGAACAGCAAUCAAUCGAAGCUGCCAGCACCUCAGAUGCAGUUGGAUUUAUUACAUACGUACAGUCUCUCAAACGUAACAUGAAGGUAUGGGAAAAACAAGUAGACGUCUACAGGGAAGGUCAGAGAAUAUUGGAACGACAAAGAUUCCAGUUUCCGAGCACUUGGUUACACGCGGAUAACAUAGAAGGAGAAUGGGGAGCAUUCAAUGAGAUAAUCAAGCGUAAGGAUAACAGUAUUCAAACUCAAGUUGCUUCGCUGCAAAUGAAGAUCGUUGCCGAAGACAAAGCAGUUGAAACCAGGACGACGGAUUACCUGGGAGAUUGGGAGAGAGGAAAACCAGUCGAGGGACACUUGCGGCCCGACGAAGCACUUCAGCAUUUACAACUGUUCGAAAGCAAAUUUACAAGACUGAAAGAAGAGAGGGACAAUGUCGCUAAGGCUAAAGAAGCUCUUGAGUUGCAAGAACCGGGUGGUGUUUCGACCAGUGAAGAUAGAAUGCAGGUUGUGUUUGAAGAAUUGCAAGAUCUGAAAGGUGUUUGGUCAGAAUUAUCCCGUAUCUGGUCUCAGAUCGACGAAACCCGUGAGAAACCAUGGUUAUCGGUACAACCGAGAAAAUUGCGUCAACAACUGGAUACGAUGAUGGCUCAGUUGAAGGAACUACCUGCCCGACUGAGACAAUAUUCUUCGUACGAGUAUGUCAAAAAAAUGCUGCAGAGUUAUACAAAGGUGAAUAUGUUGAUCGUUGAACUAAAGUCCGAUGCCCUAAAAGAGAGACAUUGGAAGCAACUGACUAAGCAGCUGAGAGUUAACUGGGUAUUAAGUGACCUUACUCUCGGUCAAGUCUGGGAUGUAAAUCUACAAAAGAAUGAAAGUAUCGUUAAGGACGUUAUACUGGUUGCACAAGGAGAAAUGGCUCUCGAAGAAUUUUUGAAACAGGUACGCGAGUCUUGGCAGACUUACGAACUAGAUCUGAUCAACUACCAGAAUAAAUGUAGACUGAUUCGUGGUUGGGAUGAUCUUUUCAACAAAGUCAAAGAACACAUCAAUUCCGUGGCUGCUAUGAAAUUAUCACCUUAUUACAAAGUCUUUGAGGAAGAAGCUCUGACUUGGGAAGAAAAAUUGAACCGAAUAAACGCACUUUUCGAUGUAUGGAUCGAUGUUCAACGCCGCUGGGUCUAUUUGGAAGGCAUAUUUUCAUGCAGUGCGGACAUAAAGACCCUACUUCCGGUCGAAACCUCCCGUUUCCAAAGCAUUAGCUCAGAGUUUCUCGGACUGAUGAAGAAGGUAUCAAAAUCGCCUAUGGUAAUGGAUGUUCUAAACAUCCCUGGUGUACAGCGAGCACUUGAACGUCUUGCCGAUCUUCUGGGAAAAAUUCAGAAGGCUCUCGGAGAGUAUCUGGAAAGAGAAAGAACUUCAUUCCCAAGAUUCUACUUUGUUGGAGAUGAAGAUUUGCUAGAGAUUAUUGGCAACAGUAAGAACGUUGCCAGACUUCAAAAGCACUUCAAGAAAAUGUUUGCUGGAGUAGCAGCGAUCCUAUUGAACGAAGAUAAUACUGUUAUAACUGGAAUAGCAUCGCGCGAAGGUGAAGAAGUAACGUUCAACGAGCCAGUAUCGACGAUAGAUCAUCCAAAAAUCAACGAAUGGUUGACUCUGGUUGAAAAGGAAAUGAGGGUAACUUUGGCCUCAAGUUUAAUGAAGGCGGUACAAGACAUCAAGCAGUUUAAAGAUGGCAAUAUCAACGCAGAGGCAUUUAUGACUUGGUGCGACAAAUACCAGGCUCAGAUAAUCGUUCUCGCUGCUCAAAUCCUCUGGUCCGAAGAUGUAGAAGCUGCUUUACACGAGGCCCAAUCUCACCCUAGCAAAAAUCCAUUGGAAAGAGUUCUGGCUCAGGUCGAAGGAACUCUGAACGUUCUCGCAGAUUCUGUGCUCCAGGAGCAGCCGCCUUUAAGAAGGAAGAAACUUGAGCAUUUGAUUAAUGAAUUUGUGCACAAGCGUACAGUGACUAGAAGACUUCUCGCUAACAAAGUUUCGAACCCAAAAGCUUUCGAAUGGCUCUGCGAAAUGCGGUUCUACUUUGAUCCAAGGCAAACAGAAGUCCUGCAACAGCUCACCAUCCACAUGGCGAACGCUAAAUUUUUCUACGGUUUCGAAUACCUCGGUGUUCAAGACAGACUCGUUCAGACACCACUCACGGACAGAUGUUAUCUCACGAUGACUCAAGCCUUGGAAGCUAGACUCGGAGGAUCUCCGUUCGGACCUGCAGGUACUGGAAAAACGGAGUCCGUUAAGGCUUUGGGACAUCAACUAGGAAGAUUCGUUCUGGUAUUCAACUGUGACGAAACAUUCGACUUCCAGGCUAUGGGUCGUAUUUUCGUGGGUCUAUGUCAGGUCGGAGCAUGGGGAUGUUUUGACGAAUUCAAUCGUCUCGAAGAACGCAUGUUAUCAGCAGUAUCCCAACAAGUACAGACCAUCCAAGAGGCACUGAAAAGUCAAAUGGAAGGUCAAAAGGGAGGAACUCUCUGCGUAGAACUCGUUGGGAAGCAAGUUAAAGUGUCCACGGAUAUGGCGAUCUUCAUUACUAUGAAUCCUGGAUACGCAGGACGUUCAAAUCUACCAGAUAAUUUGAAGAAACUCUUCAGAUCGCUCGCCAUGACAACACCGGACAGACAAUUAAUUGCCGAGGUCAUGUUGUUCAGUCAAGGCUUCAGAUCGGCCGAAAAACUAGCAUGUAAAAUUGUCCCGUUCUUCAAACUUUGCGACGAACAGUUGUCCAAUCAAUCUCACUACGAUUUUGGACUCAGGGCUCUGAAAUCUGUACUGAUAUCAGCGGGUAACGUUAAACGUGAUAGAAUCCAACGGAUAAAAGAAAAUAUGCAAAACCGCGGAGAUUCUGACAUAGACGAAGCGUCGAUUGCUGAAAAUUUGCCGGAACAAGAGAUUCUCAUUCAGUCAGUAUGUGAAACGAUGGUGCCUAAGCUAGUCGCUGAAGAUAUUCCGCUAUUGUUCAGUUUAUUGAACGACGUAUUCCCUAAUGUAAACUACACUCGAGCUGAAAUGAAAGGAUUGAAAGAUGAAAUUCGCAAAGUUUGCGCUGAGGAAUAUCUCGUCUGUGGAGAAGGAGAUGAACAAAGCGGAGCCUGGCAAGAGAAGGGGAUGGUCGGUGAGACCUGGGUUGCUAAGGUUCUACAACUUUACCAAAUCUGUAACCUGAAUCAUGGCUUAAUGAUGGUCGGUCCAAGUGGAUCCGGGAAGACAAUGGCCUGGAAAGUUUUACUGAAGGCUUUAGAAAGGUUCGAGGGAGUAGAAGGCGUCGCUCAUGUUAUUGAUCCAAAGGCGAUCAGCAAAGAGACACUUUACGGAGUCUUAGAUCCCAACACUCGCGAAUGGACAGAUGGUCUCUUCACGCAUAUCCUGAGAAAAAUCAUCGACAAUGUCAGAGGAGAGAUCAAUAAGAGGCAAUGGAUAAUUUUUGACGGUGACGUAGACCCGGAGUGGGUGGAAAACUUGAACUCUGUUCUCGAUGACAAUAAACUUCUCACUCUUCCGAACGGAGAACGUUUAAGCCUUCCUCCGAAUGUGAGAGUAAUGUUCGAAGUGCAAGAUUUAAAAUACGCUACACUCGCAACAGUUUCUCGUUGUGGAAUGGUUUGGUUCUCGGAAGAUGUUUUGUCAACCGAAAUGAUAUUCGAAAAUUACAUGCUCCGACUGAAAAAUAUACCCUUGGAAGAUGGGGAGGAGGAAAAUCCGGGAAAAAAAUCUUCGGACAAAGAGGAUACCAUAUCUCCGGCGCUAUCUGUUCAGCGUGAAGUUGCCUCUAUUCUUCAAAGUUAUUUCGCUCCGGAUGGUUUGGUCGUUAGGUGCCUCGAGUACGCAAUGAAACAAGAGCACAUAAUGGAUUUCACGAGACUACGCGCUCUGUCUUCACUUUUCUCCAUGCUAAAUCAAUCCGUGCGUAAUGUGCUGCAAUACAAUCAUGCCCAUAUGGACUUUCCAUUGCCGAGCGAACAAUUGGAAAGAUACAUGCCCAAGUGUUUAGUUUACGCUCUUCUCUGGAGCUUCGCCGGAGAUGCCAAACUCAAAGUUAGAUCAGAUUUGGGAGACUUCAUCAGGUCUGUCACUACUGUGCCGCUACCGGCACAAUCCAAUACGCCGAUUAUUGAUUUCGAAGUCAAUAUCAACGGAGAAUGGUUACCGUGGAGCAAUAAGGUGCCUCAAAUCGAAGUCGAAACUCACAAGGUGGCUAGUCCUGAUAUCGUCGUUCCCACCCUUGACACCGUCAGACACGAGAGUCUACUCUACACUUGGCUGGCCGAGCACAAACCACUGGUGCUAUGUGGUCCACCUGGUUCGGGCAAGACCAUGACACUCUUUUCCGCGCUCCGAGCUCUGCCAGACAUGGAAGUAGUUGGUCUCAAUUUUUCAUCGGCAACCACCCCAGAAUUGUUGUUAAAAACAUUCGACCAUUAUUGCGAGUACCGCAAGACCCCGAAUGGCGUGAUACUUUCCCCCGUGCAACUUGGCAAGUGGCUGGUACUUUUCUGCGACGAAAUCAAUUUACCGGAUAUGGACAAUUACGGAACUCAAAGAGUCAUCUCAUUCUUAAGACAACUUGUCGAACACAGAGGAUUCUACAGAACCAGCGAUCAGGCUUGGGUCGCAUUGGAACGCAUACAAUUCGUUGGCGCUUGUAAUCCUCCUACAGAUCCUGGCAGGAAACCGCUGAGUCAUAGAUUCCUGCGACACGUUCCUGUGAUCUACGUUGAUUAUCCGGGAGAAACAUCGCUCAAACAAAUUUAUGGAACAUUCACUCGUGCCAUGCUUAGAUUGACUCCGUCUCUACGAGGUUACGCCGAACCUCUGACUAACGCUAUGGUAGAAUUCUACCUGGUUUCGCAAGAAAAGUUCACGCAGGAUAUGCAGCCUCAUUACGUUUAUUCUCCUCGAGAAAUGACACGCUGGGUUCGUGGCAUCUGCGAAGCGAUACGACCACUCGACAGCCUUUCGGUCGAGGGUCUUGUUCGACUUUGGGCACACGAAGCUCUGAGACUGUUCCAAGAUAGAUUGGUAGAAGAUGCGGAACGUGCUUGGACGAAUAAGAACAUCGAUAUUGUCGGCCUCAAACAUUUCCCAGGAAUCGAUCGGGAAAAAGCUUUGGCUAGGCCAAUUCUGUACAGUAAUUGGUUAUCCAAGGAUUACGUACCGGUUAACAGGCAGGAAUUGAGAGAUUACGUUAGGGCAAGACUGAAAGUGUUCUAUGAAGAAGAAUUGGACGUGCCAUUGGUUCUCUUCGAUGAAGUUUUAGAUCAUGUUCUUAGGAUCGACAGAAUAUUCAGACAGCCCCAAGGACAUCUUCUAUUGAUCGGUGUUUCCGGUGCUGGAAAAACUACUUUAUCUAGAUUUGUAGCUUGGAUGAACGGUCUUUCAAUUUUCCAAAUAAAGGUGCAUAACAAAUACACCGGCGAGGACUUUGACGAGGAUUUACGUCAAGUAUUGAGACGAUCCGGUUGUAAGGAUGAAAAAAUCGCCUUCAUUUUGGACGAAUCUAACGUCCUAGAUUCCGGAUUUUUAGAACGCAUGAACACUCUGCUCGCGAACGGUGAAGUACCUGGCCUGUUCGAGGGUGACGAAUACACCACAUUGAUGACGCAGUGCAAAGAGGGUGCUCAAAGAGAAGGACUGAUGCUCGAUUCAAACGAAGAGCUGUACAAAUGGUUCACCGGACAAGUGAUGAGAAAUCUCCACGUCGUCUUUACGAUGAAUCCCAGCACCGACGGUCUUAAAGAUCGUGCUGCUACGUCGCCUGCGCUUUUCAACAGGUGCGUUUUGAAUUGGUUUGGAGAUUGGUCCGACAACGCGUUGUUCCAAGUCGGAAAGGAGUUCACGAAUCGCGUCGACCUUGAAAGACCGACCUGGAGAUCGCCCGACUUUUUCCCUUCGACAUGCCUACUUAUUCCGGCCCAACCGGGACAUCGCGAUGCCGUCGUAAACGCCUUUGUAUACGUUCAUCAAACUCUACACAAGGCUAAUGCCAGACUGGCGAAACGAGGCGGGAGGACGAUGGCGAUAACUCCUAGACAUUAUCUAGACUUCAUACAUCACUUCGUUAAACUUUAUCAAGAGAAGCGCAGCGAUUUGGAGGAACAACAGUUGCACUUGAACGUCGGUUUGGGUAAAAUUGCAGAGACUGUGGAACAAGUUGAGGAAAUGCAGAAGAGUUUAGCCGUGAAAUCUCAGGAGUUGCAAGCGAAAAAUGAGGCUGCCAACGCUAAGUUGAAACAAAUGGUGAAAGAUCAACAAGAAGCGGAAAAGAAAAAGGUCCAGAGUCAAGAGAUCCAACAACAACUUGCUAUCCAAACAGUAGCCAUCAAUCAGAAGAGGGACGACGUUAUGGCUGAUCUUGCUCAAGUCGAACCUGCUGUCAUCGACGCACAGAACGCGGUGAAAUCGAUAAAGAAACAGCACUUGGUGGAGGUUCGCUCAAUGGCGAACCCACCAGCGAUCGUCAAGGUUGCGCUGGAGUCUAUCUGCCUGUUGCUCGGCGAAAAUGCCAGCGACUGGAAAUCUAUCCGCGCGGUCAUCAUGAGAGACAAUUUUAUCAAUACCAUUGUCUCUAAUUUCAGUACUGAGGAUAUUACCGAUGAUGUUCGAGAAAAAAUGAAAAGCCGUUACUUGAGCAAUCCGGAUUAUAACUUUGAAAAAGUAAAUCGUGCCAGUAUGGCUUGCGGUCCAAUGGUAAAAUGGGCCAUUGCACAGAUCGAAUAUGCAGAUAUGUUGAAACGAGUUGAACCUCUACGCGAAGAACUUCAUUCUCUGGAACGUCAAGCGGAGACGAAUAAAUCCAAGGGUGAAGAAGUUAAGGAUCUAAUCGCUCAAUUGGAACAGAGCAUAGCAUCAUACAAAGAAGAAUAUGCCCAACUAAUCUCGCAAGCUCAAGCGAUCAAAGCAGACUUGGAAAAUGUGCAGGGUAAAGUUGAUCGCUCGAUCGCUUUGUUGAAAUCCCUGGUCAUUGAAAGGGAAAGGUGGGAAGCGACUAGCGAAACUUUCAGAAGUCAAAUGUCGACGAUUAUCGGAGAUGUACUUCUGUCGUCAGCCUUCCUGGCCUACGCUGGUUACUUCGAUCAACACUAUCGUCAAAACUUGUUCGCGACUUGGUGUCAACAUUUACAACAGGCUAAUUUACAAUUCCGAGCCGACAUUGCGCGAACGGAAUAUCUCUCGAAUCCAGACGAACGUUUGAGGUGGCAAGCGAACGCUUUGCCUACGGAUGAUUUGUGCACAGAAAAUGCAAUUAUGUUGAAACGCUUCAACAGGUAUCCUCUCAUCAUCGAUCCAUCCGGUCAAGCGACAGAAUUUAUCAUGAACGAGUUCAAGGAUAAGAAAAUAACGAAAACUAGCUUCCUCGACGAUUCGUUCAGGAAGAAUCUUGAAAGUGCUUUAAGAUUCGGUAAUCCCUUGCUGGUUCAAGACGUCGAGAAUUACGAUCCGAUACUCAAUCCCGUUUUAAACAGGGAAUUGCGACGAACUGGAGGGCGUGUAUUGAUCACGCUGGGAGAUCAGGAUAUCGAUCUUUCACCGUCGUUCGUUAUAUUCCUGUCCACGAGAGACCCGACCGUCGAAUUCCCACCCGACAUAUGCUCUCGAGUCACGUUCGUCAACUUUACCGUCACGAGAAGCUCGCUGCAAAGUCAGUGCCUGAAUCAAGUCCUCAAAGCCGAGCGUCCGGACAUCGACGAAAAGAGAUCAGAUCUGCUGAAGCUGCAAGGAGAAUUCCAUCUGAGACUGAGGCAGCUCGAAAAAUCUCUGCUGCAAGCACUCAACGAUGCGAAAGGAAAGAUCCUCGACGACGAUUCGGUGAUAACCACACUCGAAACUCUCAAACAGGAAGCCGCUGACAUCAGUAAGAAGGUCGAAGAGACCGACAAAGUCAUCGGAGAGAUUGAAACAGUCUCGCAACAGUACAUGCCGCUGUCUCAAGCAUGCUCGAACAUGUACUUUACAAUGGAUAGUCUGAAUCAAGUGCACUUCCUGUAUCAGUACUCGCUGAAAAUGUUCUUGGACAUAUUCACCUCCGUACUUUGCCAGAAUCCAAAGUUAUCCGAGGUCUCAGAUUACACCCAAAGAUUGUCGCUCAUCACCAGCGACUUGUUUUCAGUUUGCUACGAACGCGUUGCCAGAGGAAUGCUGCACACGGAUCGACUGACGUUCGCUCUGCUUCUCUGCCGCAUCCAUUUGAAGGGCAUCGCGAACGAAUCCACAUACGACAGCGAGUUCACGUUCUUCCUCAGAGGAAAGGAGGGAGUCCUGAACGUCCGUGGACCUCCGGUGGGCGGUUUGAGCUCCGAGCAACAAGAAGCGAUGAUGCGCCUGACAAUCAGACUGCCCGCUUUCAAAAAACUCGCUGACACCAUAAAGAACAAUCCUGAGUUCGGAACGUGGCUGCAAUCUCCGACUCCGGAAACCUGUGUACCGAAACUCUGGGAGGAAGAAAAACCGCUGUCUCCUAUAGGAACUGCGAUGCACCAGCUCUUAGUCAUCCAGGCGUUCAGACCCGAUCGCGUAAUCGCAGCUGCCUCUCUAGUCGUCACCUCCGCUCUGGGAGAAACCUUCAUGGCAGCUGCCGAAGCUGAGUUGGACUUUGGUUCGGUUGUUGAAAAUCAGCUGAAAUCUAACGUCCCAGCUCUACUGUGCUCCGUUCCCGGAUUCGACGCCUCCAGCAGAGUCGACGAUCUCGCUGCCGAGCAAUCCAAGCAAAUUGCAAGCAUAGCCAUAGGGUCAGCGGAGGGAUUCAAUCAGGCUGAAAGGGCGAUCAACAUGGCCGUCAAAGCCGGCAGAUGGGUCAUACUGAAGAACGUGCACCUCGCUCCCCAGUGGUUGGUCCAAUUGGAGAAGAAGUUGCACAGUCUACAGCCGCACGCCGGAUUCCGAUUGUUCCUGACCAUGGAAAUAAACCCGAAAGUGCCCGUCAAUUUACUGAGAGCAGGUAGAAUAUUCGUCUUCGAACCGCCUCCGGGUAUCAGAGCUAAUUUGUUGCGCACCUUCAGCACCGUACCCGCUUCCCGCAUGAUGAAAGCGCCCAACGAGAGGGCUAGAUUGUACUUCCUCCUCGCCUGGUUCCACGCUAUAGUCCAAGAACGGCUGAGAUAUUCCCCUCUGGGAUGGGCCAAGCAUUACGAGUUCAAUGAAAGCGACCUGAGAGUAGCUUGCGACACCCUGGAUACGUGGAUCGAAGCUACGGCGAUGGGCAGGACGAAUUUACCCCCGGAAAAAGUGCCCUGGGACGCGUUGGUCACGUUGUUGUCUCAGUGCAUCUAUGGGGGAAAAAUUGACAACGAUUUCGACCAGAGACUGCUGGCCUCGUUUCUCGGCAAACUCUUCACGCCCAGGUCGUUCGAAGGAGAUUUUGCGCUGGUUGCAAACGUCGAUGGAGCGCAAGGAAACCAACGCCACAUAACUAUGCCCGAUGGAACAAGACGCGAUCAUUUCUUGAAGUGGAUAGAAUCGCUCGCCGACAGACAGACUCCCUCGUGGCUCGGGCUACCCAACAACGCCGAGAAAGUUCUCCUCACAACUAGGGGGACGGAUUUGGUAUCGAAGCUCCUAAAAAUGCAGCAGCUCGAGGACGAAGACGAGUUGGCUUACUCCAAUGAAGAGUCAUUGGACGCUCCUAGGGAGGCCGAAGGCGAUGGUCGCCCAGCUUGGAUGAGAACUUUGCACAAUUCCGCCUCCACUUGGCUUCAGUUGUUGCCCAAAAAUCUGCCAACCCUGAGACGCACCGUGGAAAAUAUCAAGGAUCCUUUGUACAGAUAUUUCGAAAGAGAAGUCAACAGCGGAGCGAAACUCUUACAGGACGUAAUACACGAUUUGGAGGACGUUGUUCUGAUUUGUCAAGGUGAAAAGAAGCAGACAAACUAUCAUCGCACAAUGUUAUCAGAGCUCGUCAAAGGGAUUUUACCGGCUGGCUGGAGGAGAUACACCGUCCCCAGAGGAUGUACAGUAAUUCAAUGGAUCACAGAUUUCAGUCAUCGAGUGACGCAGCUCCAAGAAGUAUCCAGACUCGUAUCGCAGGGUGGGGCUAAAGAGAUAAAGAGUUUCCCCGUCUGGCUAGGCGGUCUCUUGAACCCUGAAGCUUAUAUAACUGCGACCAGGCAGUGCAUCGCGCAAGCAAACAGUUGGUCGUUGGAGGAGUUACAACUCGACGUUACAAUCGGUGACGGUGAGGCAGUUUCUACAGACGAUUGUUCCUUUGCAGUCACCGGUCUGAAACUACAAGGCGCUCAAUGCAAAGCGAAUCAGUUGGUUUUAACCUCAACCAUAAUGACAGAUUUGCCAGUAACGAUGCUCAGGUGGUUUAGAACUUCUGCGGAAGAACCUGUCAAAGGUAAACUCUCGUUGCCAGUUUAUCUGAACAGCACAAGAACAGAAUUGCUAUUUACUGUCGAUUUGAAUAUAGUAAGUGGACAGGAACAGCAUAGUUUCUACGAGAGAGGUGUAGCUGUACUGACAUCAACCGCGCUAAAUUGAAUCUAUUAACGAUAAAAUUCAAUUUGACGCGAUAGUUUAAUCAUUGAAAGGAACAAAACUACAAAAAAAUUCAAUAAAAUAAGAUAAAACAUAAUUCUGCAUGUGAAAUACUUGAAUACCGUUGAACUGUAAUAAGUUAUUAUUAUUCUGCCUAAUUGAAAUUUUUAAAUAAUUGCAAUAUGUGAACUUGGGCUGUCGGGCUAUGAUUAGUGUUGUUAGUAAGAUUAUUAUUUAUAUCGAUACCGCAGUAACGUAUGAAAAUCCAAUACGAUUGCCUGCACGAUUUUAAACACUGCUGCUGCACUCCGGUAAUAUUCGGGGAUGAUAUUCAUGAUUUAGUUACAUUUUUAGAGCAACAUAGAAAACUUGUAUUUCAUUUAGAAUGAUGCAAUUCUAUGACGUAUCAUUCGGGAUGAUUCAUAUGCACAGUGAAAGAGGGAACACGUACUUUAAUAUAUUGUAAUUUUCCGUUUAUUUUUAAGUUUCUAUAACUGUCAAAAAUCUGUACUCCUAUAAGCUUUAUCUAAUAUUUUAACUUAUGUAAUGUAUGUACUGAGCGUGAGAUAAAGUCGCAUAUAUUACCAUGAUGUAACUCGUACGGCAAAUGAAAUAUAAUAAUCAUUUGAAUCAA